GUCCGUGGUUGCAGACCAUUCAGGAUGCUGGUGUGAAUGAGCAGUGCAGCAACAUCCUCAACAACAAGCGGUUUAUGCUGGACAUGUUGUAUGCGCAUAACAAAAAGCCCAAGGAUGAAGAGGAGAAGGAGCUGGAGGCGAAGGAAGAAAAGAAGGAGACGGAGGAAAGCGAGGAGUCCCUCACUAGCCUAGCCAGUAGGAUCUCUAUCCUUCAGGCCACGAAACAGGCCAUAGAUGAAAGUGUCAAAAAGAUGGAGAUUGGAAAUCUGGACAACCAAGGCAGCGUGAAAGCCUUUGCGGAAAAAUUCAACAGUGGUGAGCUGGCCAAGGGGACAGCCAUGCCUGAAGAUGAAAUUGGUGAACAGGUCCCUGAGAAAACACCAGCACAGCCAAAGAAGGAAUCUGAUUACAUCUGGGAUCAGCUCAUGGCUAAUCCUAGAGAACUUAAAAUCAAAGACAUGGAUUUUACAGACUUGGGGGAGGAGGAUGAUGUAGAUGUGUUGGACAUGGAUAUGGGUCCUGGGGACUCCCUUGUUCCCCCUCCUCCACCUCCACCUUCUUUUCUGGGUUUGCCUCCUCCACCACCUCCCCCGCUGUUUGGAUGUCCACCUCCACCUCCACCCUCUGCUAAUUUAUUGGCUCCUCCUCCGCUGUUCAGCACUCCUCAGGGUUUAGGGUCACCCCAGGUUUCCAGGGGUCAGCCAGCAUUUAUAAAGAAGAAGAAAACCAUCCGUCUGUUUUGGAAUGAGGUACGGCCAUUUGAGUGGCAGUGUAAAAACAACAAACGCUGCAGAGAAUUCCUGUGGUCGAAACUGGAACCCAUUAAGGUGGACACUUCCAAACUGGAGCAUCUCUUUGAGUCUAAAUCCAAGGAACUGCCUGUCACGAAGAAAACUGCUGCAGAUGGGAAGCGACAGGAGAUCAUUGUAUUGGACUCAAAACGAAGCAACGCUAUUAAUAUUGGCUUGACUGUGUUGCCCCCGCCCCGGACUAUCAAGACUGCUAUUUUGAACUUUGACGAAUAUGCCUUAAACAAGGAAGGAAUAGAGAAAAUUUUGACCAUGAUCCCAACCGAGGAGGAGAAGCAAAAGAUCCAGGAGGCGCAGCUGGCAAACCCAGAUGUCCCCCUGGGCAGUGCCGAGCAGUUCCUUCUCACCCUCUCUUCCAUCAGCGAGCUCUCCGCCAGGCUCCAGCUCUGGGCUUUCAAGAUGGACUACGAGAUAGUGGAAAAGGAAGUUGCAGAACCACUUCUAGACCUGAAGGAAGGAAUGGACCAACUGGAGCACAAUAAAACUUUGGGAUUUAUCCUUUCUACCCUGCUAGCCAUUGGGAACUUUCUGAAUGGAACCAACGCCAAAGCUUUUGAGUUGAGCUACCUCGAGAAGGUUCCAGAAGUCAAGGACACAGUGCACAAGCAGUCCCUCCUGCACCACGUGUGCACUAUGGUGGUGGAAAAGUUCCCAGACAGCACUGAUCUUUAUUCAGAGAUCGGGGCCAUCACUAGGUCAGCCAAGGUUGACUUUGAACAACUCCAGGAAAACUUGUGUCAGAUGGAAAGACGGUGCAAAGCAUCAUGGGAUCACCUUAAGGCUAUAGCAAAACAUGAAAUGAAACCAACUCUAAAGCAAAAAAUGUCUGAAUUCCUUAAAGACUGUGCAGAAAGAAUCAUAAUCCUGAAGAUUGUUCAUAGAAGAAUAAUUAACAGGUUUCACUCAUUUUUGUUAUUUAUGGGCCACCCUCCCUACGCCAUACGUGAAGUCAACAUCAACAAGUUCUGCAAAAUUAUUAGCGAAUUCGCUCUGGAAUACCGCACCACCAGGGAACGGGUUUUGCAGCAAAAACAGAAACGAGCUAACCACAGGGAAAGAAACAAGACCAGAGGGAAAAUGAUAACAGAUGUAAGUGGCAAAAU